AACAACCAUCUAAAGUUGCGAAAGUGCUUUUUCUGUCAUGGCGCUGAAGACACGAACAACUGAAGCGGUCAGCUGACUGAAUCUGACAGCAGGGCCACUAAAGCAGACAAACGCCACAUUUAUUCGUUCUCAGACGCAAGAAUGAAGAAGAACAAAUGCAAAGCGAGCAGCACAGCGGAGAAGGAGUUCGUGUUUGAGUUCAAGGCGGGGAAACACAAUUGUGUCCUCAAAGUGCCUCUGCAGUUUCCUGCUCAAGAGAACAUCUGUGACCUCCACGGACGCCUGAUCCUGCUGCAUAAAAUACCCUGCUACAUAGAGAACGAGCUAAAAACUUCCCUUUUCAACUUUGUUGAGAGUGAGACCAUCCUGGAUUAUGACAGAGAGGCAGAGCUGGCCCUGCAAAGACUCACAGUGGGGGAUGUAGAUGUGAACCUGCUCACCAACGCGUGGACCAGGUCUUAUGUGGAGACGACGCUGGAGCACGCUCGGCCCGAAGAGCCCAGCUGGGACGAGGACUUUGCCGACGUCUACCACGAGCUGAUCCACUCGCCCGCCUCGGAUACGCUUCUUAAUCUGGAGCACAACUACUUUGUCAGCAUCUCCGAGCUCAUCAGCGAGAGGGACAUGGAGAUUAAGAAGCUCCAAGAGAGGCAAGCCGUUGAAAUGGACAAAGUGAUGCACGAGCUGGGAAAUACUUUGAGUGACCACGAUGUAAACACAGUCGCCUCUCAACACUUUGAUGCACAGCAGGUGUUGGAGAACAAGUGGGCCAGUGAGCUGAAGCAAGUUACUGGCAUUCAAAAGCAUGAGUAUCAACAGUGGGUCAUCAGUCUGCACCAGGACCUGCAGAAGUCCAACAACAGCAACCAAAUCAAUGAGGAGAUUAAGGUGCAGCACAGCCAGCAGUCGGAGCAGGCAGAUUCCGGAGCCAGGAUGUUUGAGGAGCAGCCUCCGCUGGAGGAGAGUUUCACCAUCCACUUAGGAGCUCAACUGAAGACGAUGCACAACCUGCGGCUGGUCCGGGCCGACGUGCUGGACUUCUGUAAGCACCGGCGGCACGGCAGCGGCGGCGCCAAGCUGAGGCGGCUGCAGACGGCCCUCUCGCUCUACUCCUCCUCCCUCUGUGGUCUGGUGCUGUUGGUCGACAACAGGGUCAACUCCUACAGCGGCAUCAAAAGAGACUUUGCGACUGUCGCGAAGGAGUGUACAGACUUCCACUUCCCCUUCCUGGAGGCGCAGCUGGACGAGGUGCAGCAGGUGUUGCUCUACGCCAGAGCCCAGCGGAGCAGCAAGCAGAAAGAGCAGCCCGAGACUCUGAGGAACGGAGGCGACGAUAAGAGCAAAAACCUCGAAAGAAACCCAUCCAACAUCCUACCAGGUGAGUUCUACAUCUCGCGGCACUCCAACCUGUCCGAGGUCCACGCGGUGUUCCACCUGUGCGUGGACGACAACGUGCGCUCGGGGAACAUCACGGCCCGGGACCCGGCCAUCAUGGGCCUGAGAAAUAUCCUGAAGGUCUGCUGCACGCAUGACGUCACCACCAUCACCGUCCCCCUGCUGCUGGUCCACGACAUGUCCGAGGAGAUGACCAUCCCGUGGUGUCUAAAGAGAGCAGAGCUGGUAUUCAAAUGUGUCAAAGGGUUCAUGAUGGAGAUGGCCUCAUGGGAUGGAGGAAUAUCACGCACAGUCCAGUUUCUAGUGCCAAAGAGUAUCUCCGAGGAGAUGUUCUACCAGUUGAGCACCAUGCUGCCUCAGAUCUUCCGCGUCUCCUCCACCCUGACACUCACCUCAAAGCACUGAAGGGAGCGCGUUGCCCUUUUUUCAGGAGCUGUUGACUUAAGUAGUGACGAUUUCCUGGCAAAGUAGCACACGUGCCAAAAAAGAAAAAGAAAAAAAGAGAUUUUAAAAGUAGACAAGCAACGUCUGGUGAGCCUCGUUAUUUUUGCACCUUCCAAAGCCACCAACGCUGUAAAUCCUUCUCAUUCCAGUCAGUCAGUGGCUCAUCUCCAAAGCAGCUGUCGCAGUUUUCAUUUUGAGCCUGCGGGGUGCCGUUCUGGUGACAUCACGACGUCAGUGAGGGUACCAGUUUCCUGUAGCUUUCUGCACGUUGGAGCCGCAGCAUUCGGGGGAGAAAGGUGUGCUGGUGACUUUGUCGUAAACUCGGUGGGUAGAAUUAAGUGUUCGCUGAAACAACAAUGAAGCUGAAUAAUAGCAGCAAUUGGACAAGUGUGAUCGAACUGUAGUAGCACACGCGCUAAAUGUGUCUUUUGUAGUGUUUUUAACCGCACGUUACCACGCAGAUGUAAGGACAGUAUGUUAAUUAUAAAGAAAACUGUGAAUUAUUUUAAAAGGGCCACAGAUCUCCAUCUUUAAAUGUGUUUAUUUUAAAGUUUCGAUAGACAAUAUGAGGUCGCUGUCGCCGACACAUUUAAUCCGUUCGGUGUUCAUCAAGAAGUCCCCCGUGUUUGCCACAGUUUGACCAUCAUGUGAGAUUUCAGACCCUCAACCGAUGUUUGGGACAUGAACGUCGACUCCUCCAGCUCAAUGGAUGGGUGUCGUUGAUGCUGAGAGGAGCAACGUGUAAAGGUUUUUUUUAUGCUGCAUUGCAGUAACUUGUAGUGAGGAUCACUCUGUUUGUGUAUUUGUGUCUGUGUGAGUGAGUGUGUGUGUACAUAUGUAACAGCAGAUGGCAGUGUUCCUGAAGACAAAGAUGCUACUCACACACUUUAAAGAUUUAAAGAUGUUAAGUUUAAAAAGAAUGUCGUCCGACCCUUGAAUUUCAUGUUCGUCCUCAUGAGCCGCUUGUAUUUUCUGUACAUUCACUCUAUAUGUUUACAUUUUUAAUGUUUGAAUAAUAAAACGCUCUCCACACGGA